GAGCGGGCUGGCCCUCCACGGCCGGAGAUGAGCGAGCGCAAGUCUAGCCAGACAAGAUAGCCACUGCUUUCCCUUCUCUUGCCUGUCCUUCCAACGAUGCAUCGUCAUCCUUGAUCGACUGCACCUGUAUCGCUCUCAUCACAUCACGGCAGGGCUCCAGGACGCUGUCAGAAAAAAAAGCAAGCGCAGCAGUUGUUUGCCCCGCGACAUCCCACGCCAAGCCAGACCGGUGUGUCUGCUGAGCACGCACGAUGGCGUCUCUCUUUGGUACCUGGGGCGCAGACCCCUUUGCAGAAAUGGUCGAAAAGGCCACCUCGGAGCUGUUGCCAGCGGGACAGGAGGACAUGGCUCUCAAUCUCGAGAUCUGCGACCAGGUGCGCUCCAAGCAGGUGCCGCCCAAGCAGGCCAUGCAGGCCAUCAAGCGAAGAAUGACGCACCGCAAUCCCAAUGUCGUCCUCAGCGCUCUUGGCCUCACUGACAUCUGCGUCAAGAACGGUGGCGACCACUUUCUGUCCGAGGUGGCCUCCAAGGAGUUCAUGGAUGCUGUCGCCCUGAACCUCACAAGCUCGCAGAAGAACCCGGACGUCGAGGCAAAGGCCUCGAGGCUGGUACAGAACUGGGCGCAGAUCGCAGAGGCCAGGCCGGGGCAGAUGGAUUACAUCACCGAGACCUACGAGCGCCUGAAGCGGGCCAACGUCACUUUCCCGCCACUCGAGUCCAUCAAUACGGCCAUGGUGGAGACGCUUACGGCCCCUGAGUGGUCGGACAGCGAAGUGUGCGCGAGAUGUCGGACCAGCUUCACAACUUUCAACCGAAAGCAUCACUGCCGAAACUGUGGAAAUGUGUUCUGCCAACAGUGCUCGAGCAGCCAGCUGGCUUUACCCUGGUAUGGCAUCACACAGCCCGUCCGCGUCUGCCAGGCCUGCUACGGCCGAGGUGCGCCACCAAAGGCACCUGCAAAGCUCCCUUCCUCUGCUUCUCCGUCCUCGACAAAGAGGCGGAAUUCUGCAAUUGUACCACCGUCGGGCCGAGGCGGCGCUGGUUCCCACCACCGGUCAAACACUAUCGCCGCGGGCAGUUCGGUCGCAGGUUCAAACCGAAGGCGAGCCAAGGAGGAUGAGGACCUGGAACUUGCUAUCAAGCUUUCGUUGGAGUCAUCGGGCGCUUCAUCCUCGGGCUCGAGGCCCGGAUACGUUCCCAGUAAGCCUUCGGGCGAAGGUCGCGCGACAAAGCAACCAAACGGCCGCAUGCUCGAGGGCACAGACGCCGAUGAUGACCCGGAUCUCGCUGCCGCCAUCGCUGCCAGCCUGCGCGACUAUGCGCCACCGCAGCCUAGCGCGCCAGACGGGCUGCCUGCGCCUGUCGAAGAAGGGCGGUUGAAGACACCCCGUCCGGACGAGAGUGGCCUGGAGGGACAAAGGCUUCCCCUCCCUCCAUCGUUGGAGCUUCCCGCGACCGAUGUGGACGCGCUCCUCACCUUUUCGCAGACGAUUGCUUCUCAAGAAGCCUAUGCUCGGCAAUAUGGACAAUGGCCUCCAAACACCAACCAACAGCAUAUGCAGAGCCAGUACGAAAAGGCGACGAGUGCCAGGCCGAGAAUGGCGCGCAGUCUGGAGGAGGGCAAUCGACGUCACGGGGUCCUGGUCUCGAUGCACGACAAGCUGGCCGAAGCCGUCAAGUUGUAUGACCAGCUCCUCGAUGCACAAAUGUCGAGACCCGCGUAUCCUUACUAUGGACAGCAGCAGCAGCAGCAACAGGCGCCACCAGCGCAAGUACAAGGCGGCUACUACGGCCACGAGGUCUAUCCCUCCUCUUCGAUGCCGGCUACUGCUGCAGGCCCCUCACUUUAUCCCUCGCUGGCUCAGCAACAGCAACAGCAGCAGCAGCCGAUGCCUGCCCAGGCUGCGCCAUUGUACGGAGGCUACCCUGCGCAGCUCUCCACAGGCGAUCUCCGCAUGCCGCCCUCUCGAUCCAAUUCGGUAACAUCGUAUGGAGCUCAGGGCAACAGUCCAUUAGGGUACCAUGCUUCCCAGCAGCCGCAUCAACACUCUGGUCCGACAUUCCCCCACAUGCAUCAUCAGAUGCAGCAGCUGUAUCAAGCUCAGACGCCCUCGGAGGCUUCGUAUGCGCCCACGCCCAAUCCCAUGCACCAGCAAGCGGCAAUGAUGGGAGGUCCUUACUUUGGUCAGGCGCCUCCCCCUCGAGCUCCAUCAUACGGUGCCCCACCUCUUUCUGCAAUGGACUCUCACAGCCAAACGCAGCAUUGGCAGGCUCUGCAAACGCUCCCUCCUCCUCCUUCGUCGAUGCAAUCACAACAGCAGCCGGACGCUCCGACUUGGGCUAAUCAGGUCAACGUCCCUACACAUGAGCCUGGUCAGGCGACCGCACCUCCGCCGUCAAUCAGCUCUCUUGGCUCAGUCCCUUCGAUGCCCCACUUUGGCCAUUUGAUGAACCCACAGCAGCAGAAUAUUGACGGCUCGGCCUCGUCACCUCAUCAGGCGUCUUCCAACUCGGAGACCACCCUGUCCAAUGCAAUGAGACACCUUUCGAUGCAGUCUCCCUCUUCGUCAAAGCCUCAAAUUCAUGGACCAGGACAGGGUUCGCAUCAAUUGAGCAAGCUACAACCGACCGGGCCAUCACACCAGGAUGUCAUCGACUCUCCAGCCCAGUCUGAUGAUUCUGGCUGGCGAGACAUUCCCAUCUCGUCGGCGUUGCCGCCCUCUGCCUCAUCAACCAUUGCAAUCACCCCUACGGCUCCUCCUUCUCAGCAGCAGCAGCAGCAGCAGCAAUUGCCACCGACCUCGUCGAGCUUUACCUCUUCGCUUCACAUCUCCUCCCCGAGCGUUGCUUCUCCACACUCGGUCUCGCAGCAUCAGCACCAACAGCCAAUCUCCUCGCCCGGCGGCCCGGCGCAGCAGUGGACCUCGACGGCGCGGCCCGUCGAGUCGUCGCUCAUCGAUCUGUAGCCCCGUCUCCUCUCCUCUUUCUUCUUCAAUCUGAACCUGCUCUCACACACACAUGUCAUAUGUCUGAUUGAAAAAAGAAAUUGGAUUUGUCGCUUCACUUCUCCUGUUCAGAGGAUAACUUUCUUCCAGAGAAAGAGAAGAGAGAUGGUGGGAAGACAUUGCUGCGCGAUCCUGUAUCUGAGAGGAGUCCUAUUACAAAUUGUGG